AUGCCUAUUAAAAUUUUUAUACAUUUUUAUGGUUUAUGCUUUUAAUUUUAAUUUUUAAUUUUUAAAUAGUGAAUACCGAUCUCCGUCAUAUUGUUAUAGAUUAUAGCCAUUCUGCUUCUGUAUCUUCAUUAAAUUAUUUUUAUUAUAUUUGUCAUUUAAAAAAUUUAACAAUUCAGAACAAAUUUUGUUCUUAGCUUACACUAGGUAUUAAUUAUUAUAGAAAAUAUUUUUUAGAUUUUUAUGAUUGUAUACAAACUAUAGUUUUAUCACUAUGGACAAAGUAGCUCAUAGCGAAAGUAUUGUGGGCAAAAGCUUUGAAUACUGGAACAAUUUAUACAACCGAGGUAUUAUUGAUCACCAUGCAAUUCAUUUACGAUUUAACCAUUUGAAAUAUGCCCUUAAUCACAACUUGAUUACCAAAGAAGAAUAUUGUGCUCAGCGGUUAGACAUAAAUGACCAAUAUAAUCCAUCUUAUACAGAUUAUAAACCAUGUUCAUUAAUGAAUUUUUGUAAAGCGUUAAAGACACAUAAUUUAAUGGAUAACCUUAAAACAAAUAAACCAUUGUUAAUCAAUAAACAUUCUGAAGAAAUAAAUACAUCUGAAAAUAUCAACCAGUACAAUAGAGCAUUAGUUGUUGUACAUGUAAAUUACUAUCCUAAUAAAGAAAAAGAAAAUAACAAAGAUCUAACUGAAAUGCCAAAAAAAUCUAAGAAAAAACAUAAGAGAAAGAAAAAAUGUAAUAAUAAUGAUUGUAAAAGUAUAAACCAUACCAAUACUUCAAAAACUUUAGUAACAGACAAUUUUAAAAAUGAAUGUGAUGAGAAAACAAGAAAUUCUAUUGUUACAUCGAAAAGUACAGUAAAAAUAUUUAUUCGUCAAAUGAAUAACAAAAACAAGAGCCAGAUUGACAAAAAGGAAUCAUUUGUUUCAAAUCAAAGAUCUGCGAGAGAUAUGUUCAGUAAAAUGUUAAAGAAAUUUAAAAAGGAAAGAUUAAAAUUGCAAUGUUAAUUUUAUAAUAAAUACCUAAUAAUUGCUCAUCAUUUUUAAACUUCACUACUUCAGCACAUUAUCUAAUUUUGCUCAAUGCACAUAAAAAUGAUUAUAUUAUAUUCAUGUUCUUUACUUCUAUCAUUAAUUUAUUUAUGAUUAUAAAUUAUUGUAAUGUAUGAAUCACAUAUUCUCAUCAAGUAUCAAG